GUGUGUGUGAUUUCAGAAGUGAUUAGUUUGUAUGAAACCACGAGCCGAAGGCGUCCACAGCCACACGUCAGUAUUGAUCCGGACGGCGGGUCUGUGCAGCCGACAGUGUUUUGAUGACAUUCAUCAGCGCCAUUAGCUCAAGUUAAUCAGCCGGCUGGUUGUGAGGAAGCACGUCGCUAACAACGGGCCGCAUCAUCUGGGGACAAUGAAGAAGCUCGCGCUGCUGCUGAUUGUGUUGCUCGGCGUUGCACAUUUUGCAACUCUCAGCAGAUGUGAAGAUGAUGUUGCAGAGGAGAAGGAGGAAGCUGAGGAGGAGGACAGUGACGAUGAGGAGGAGGAGGAGGAUGAUGAGGAUGAUGACACAGAGGUGAAAGAAGAGAACGGAGUGCUGAUUCUCACCAACGGCAACUACGACACCUUCAUGGAGGGCAAAGACACAGUUCUGGUUGAGUUUUACGCCCCAUGGUGCGGCCACUGCAAACAGUUUGCCCCAGAGUAUGAAAAAAUCGCUCAGACUCUUAAGGAGAAUGACCCUCCUGUACCCGUGGCCAAAGUAGAUGCAACGGUGGCUGAUGAGUUGGCGAGCAGAUUUGAAGUGUCGGGCUACCCCACCAUCAAGAUUAUGAAAAACGGGGAAGCUGUGGACUAUGACGGAGAAAGGACAGAGAAGGCUAUUGUGGCGAGGGUGAAAGAGGUGGCUCAGCCGGACUGGAAGCCCCCUCCUGAGGCGACGCUGGUGCUGACCAAGGACAACUUUGAUGAGACGGUUAACAACGCAGACAUCAUCCUGGUGGAGUUCUACGCUCCAUGGUGCGGACACUGUAAGCGUUUGGCGCCAGAGUACGAGAAGGCAGCCAAGCAGCUGAGCCAGCGCUCUCCUCCCAUUCCUCUGGCCAAGGUGGACGCCACUGUCGAGAAUGAGGUCGCCUCACGAUUUGGAGUUACCGGCUAUCCCACCAUCAAGAUCUUCAGGAAAGGCAAAGUGUUCGACUACAACGGACCCAGAGAGCAGCACGGCAUCGUGGACUACAUGAGUGAGCAGGCAGGGCCUCCCUCCAAGCAGGUUCAGGCAGUAAAACAGGUGCAGGAGCUUCUCAAGGAUGGUGACGAUGCUGUCAUAGUGGGCGUGUUCUCCAGUGAAGAGGACGCAGCCUAUGAGAUCUACAUCGAGGCCUGUAAUGCCCUGAGGGAAGACUUCUCCUUCCGUCACUCCUUCAGCGCUGAGGUAGCCAAAUUGCUCAAAGCUUCGCCCGGUCAGAUUGUCAUCGUGAUGGACACGUCAGCAAGGUGA